CCUAGAUGGUCACCAUGGGGCAAUGCUACUACAAUGAGACCAUCGGCUUCUUCUACAACAAUAGCGGCAAGGAGCUCAGCUCCCACUGGCGGCCCAAGGAUGUGGUUGUGGUGGCUCUGGGGCUGACAGUAAGCGUAUUAGUGCUGCUUACCAACCUGCUAGUCAUCGCAGCCAUUGCCUCCAACCGUCGCUUCCACCAGCCUAUUUACUACCUGCUUGGCAACCUGGCGGCCGCUGACCUCUUUGCUGGUGUGGCCUACCUCUUCCUCAUGUUCCACACUGGCCCACGCACGGCCCACCUUUCACUCAAGGGCUGGUUCCUAAGGCAGGGCCUACUGGACACGAGCCUCACGGCAUCGGUGGCAACACUACUGGCCAUCGCUGUGGAGCGGCACCGCAGUGUGAUGGCCGUGCAGCUGCACAGCCGCCUGCCCCGUGGCCGCAUCGUCAUGCUCAUUGUGGGCGUGUGGGUGGCUGCGCUGGGCCUGGGGCUGCUUCCCGCCCAUUCCUGGCACUGCCUCUGUGCCCUGGACCGCUGCUCACGCAUGGCACCUCUGCUCAGCCGUUCCUACCUGGCUGUCUGGGCCCUGUCCAGCCUCCUUGUCUUCCUGCUCAUGGUGGCUGUCUACACCCGCAUAUUCUUCUACGUGAGGCGGCGGGUGCAGCGCAUGGCAGAGCAUGUCAGCUGCCACCCCCGCUACCGUGAAACUACACUCAGCCUGGUCAAGACCGUCGUCAUCAUCUUGGGGGCAUUUGUGGUCUGCUGGACACCAGGCCAGGUGGUGCUGCUCCUGGAUGGUCUGGGCUGCAAGUCAUGCAACGUCCUGGCUGUGGAGAAGUACUUCCUACUCUUGGCUGAAGCCAACUCACUGGUCAACGCUGUGGUCUACUCAUGCCGCGAUGCUGAGAUGCGCCGCACCUUCCGCCGACUCCUCUGCUGUCUGUGUUUCCGCCAGUCCAGCCAUGAUUCCGACCGCUAUCCAUCCUCUGCCCAGACAGGUACCAGCACGCGCAUCAUGCUUCCCGAGAAUGGCCACCCCCUGAUGGACUCCACCCUUUAGCUGCCCUGGCUUCAGCAGGAUGCAACAAGUGCCAGAUCUGCAGCCCCUGUGGACUCAGGCAGCUAUGGGACUCAUCUGGCUCAAUCCUGCCUGUGGGACAGACU